AUGGAUCAGUCUUAUUCCACUGUGGCAACUUCUAACUUCUGUUCUCCAGGACUUCCACCUCAUUCAUCCUUGGACUCCAGCCGUCUGGUUCCUGCGGUGAUAUUGUCCAUCUGUUUUGUUCUGGGAGUUAUUGGAAACAUUGCUGUCAUCAUUCUGAAGCCUAACUGGGAUCACCUGUCCAGUCUGAGUCAGAGUUUGAUUCUGAAUCUGGCCAUCUCUGACCUGCUCUUUCUGUUCACUCUUCCAAUAGUGAUUGAUAGUUUGCUCUACGGCUGGAGAUUCAGCUUGGUGUCCUGUACGCUUUUAAACUUGGUUCUGUGGUGCAGCGUUCAUGGCAGCCAUCUGACUGUGAUUGGGUUGGGCGUCCAGCGUUACCUCUUGGUGGUUCACCAGCAGAGGUGCCAACAGGUACCGAAAGGACUUCUGUUUGUUCUGCUCUGGCUGGUGGCUUUUAUCCUGUCUGUUCCUUCCUUGGUGUUUUGGCAGCUGGUACAAAACCAGCAGUGGACAGAUUGUGCACCUCAUUUUUCUUCUGAUGCCCAGUGGAUGGCCUUGCUGAUAAUAGAAAACAUUCUCUGCUUGGCUUCCUUUUUUAUUGUGAUGUUUUCAUACAUUCACGUCCGUAGGAAAGUUAACCAGGCAACAUUUUUCAACAAUCCUCAGACAAAGCGACUGGUUACCAGCAUCAUUGAACCAGUGCAGCAGAACCAAAGAGCGUCAGACAUGAUUACAACUAUAGAACUGUCAUAA